CGGCGAGGGCGCUGAGGCCGCAGAGCGCGGAGGUGGCAGCGGGCGGCCCGUCCCUUCCUGGCGGAGCUCUGGCCCUGGGCCCACUCCCCUUCCGCGGCUUCCCCUCCCCGCCACACGGUGCUGCAGCGUGUGCGCUCCCUGCGCGCAGGCCACACCCGGGCGUCCUGCGGCCUCGGGCGCGAGUUGACGAACUGCGCCCGGAACCUUCCGGGAAGCCCGACCCGGCGCGGACGGUCCCGAGUGCGCGUGCCUGGGCCCGGGUGCCCUGCGCACAGCGGCGGAGAGCGAGUCCGGGCGAGGAUUCGGACACAGGCUGCGCGUCCCUGAGUGCCGGCGUCGGCUCCUCCAGCUCCGCAAAUGUUCACACUCCCUCAGAAGGACUCCGGGACACCUACCACCUCUCCGGGUUCAGUCUCCACACAGGGCCUGCACAGUAACCACGGGGAUGGUCUGGAAGGAGAAUGCUCCAGAAAACCAGACCAGAAGCCGCUGAAGCUCUAUGGAGUGGGUGAUCCCACUGCCAUGUUCUCCUCCGACAGCCCCUACCUGUCCUCUAGAGGAAGCGUCAUUAAAUGGUUCUGGGAUUCAGCAGAGGAGGGCUACAGGACCUACCACAGGGAUGAGUAUGAUGAGGAUAAGAACCCCAGUGGCAUCAUUAACUUGGGCACCAGUGAGAACAAACUCUGCUUUGACCUGCUGUCCAGGCGGCUGAGUCAGAGCGACAUGCUGCGGGUGGAGCCGCCCCUGCUGCAGUACCCUGACUGGAGGGGACAUCUGUUCCUCCGGGAGGAAGUGGCCAGGUUCCUGUCUUUCUACUGCAGGAGCCCCGCACCCCUUAAACCAGAGAAUGUGGUGGUUCUGAAUGGCUGUGCCUCUCUCUUCUCCGCUCUGGCCACGGUACUGUGUGAGGCGGGGGAGGCUUUCCUGAUCCCUGCCCCUUACUACGGAGCCAUCACGCAGCAUGUGUAUCUCUAUGGCAACGUCCGACUGGUCUGUGUCUAUCUGGACAGUGAGGUCACUGGGCUGGAGACACGCCCCUUCCAGCUCACAGUGGAGAGGCUCGAGAUGGCGCUGGAAGGAGCUAAUUCUGAGGGUGUGAAGGUCAAAGGCCUCAUCCUCAUCAACCCCCAGAACCCUCUGGGUGACGUCUAUUCCCCAGGAGAGCUGCAGGAGUACCUGGAGUUUGCCAAGAGGCACAAGCUGCACGUGAUGGUGGAUGAGGUCUACAUGCUGUCCGUGUUUGAGGAGUCGGUUGGGUACCACAGUGUCCUGAGCCUGGAAAGGCUGCCUGACCCCCAGAGGACCCACGUGAUGUGGGCGACCAGCAAGGACUUCGGGAUGUCUGGUCUCCGCUUUGGCACGCUGUAUACACAAAACCAGGACGUGGCCACUGCGGUAUCCUCCCUCUGCCGCUAUCACGGCCUCAGUGGCUUGGUCCAGUAUCAGAUGGCACAGCUGCUCCGGGACCGUGACUGGAUCAACCAAGUGUACCUGCCGGAAAACCAUGCCCGGCUCAAGGCUGCUCACAUCUAUGUCUCGGAAGAGCUCCGGGCCCUGGGGAUCCCCUUCUUGAGCCGUGGGGCCGGCUUCUUCAUCUGGGUCGACUUGAGGAAGUACCUGCCCGCGGCCACCUUUGAGGAGGAGAUGUUGCUCUGGCGCCGCUUUUUGGAUAACAAGGUGCUGCUGUCCUUUGGCCAAGCCUUCGAGUGCAAAGAGCCUGGCUGGUUCCGCUUGGUUUUCUCUGACAAGACCCACCGGCUUCGCCUGGGGAUGCAGAGGGUCCAGCGGGUGCUUGAGGGCAAAUCCCAGGUGGUAGAAGACGGCCCUUCCUUCUAGACCCAGGAGCCAAGGGGUCCGCACAGGAUACGUUGAUGCCAGGAUUUACUUUACUGGAAUGCCUGCCGCUUUUCCGGAGGUCAGAACAGAAUGGCCACGUUGAGGGCCCUACACGUCCUCUCCAGAGACUGCUGUUGUGACGCUGCCACUGUUGUUGAGGGUCCCCUGUGAAGGACCCAUGUGAUGAAUUCCAUUUAGAAUUUUCAGAAGGAUGACUCCUAGCUCUCCCUUAGAGGGAAUCCAAGCAGGUUUCCUAGCAGAGGCUGACUUAAAGUAGGAAUCUGGAUCUGAACUGAGCUCACUGGUUUGAGUAGAGCUGGCUUGUGCUCUGCUGAAUGGCCGUGUUCCAUAUGUCUCCCUUUCUGGAGCAUGGACUGGACAUACCCUACACCCACCUCACAUCUUCUCUGCUCACCUUUCUGCUCUGCCAGUUACUACAGCCAUCAGAUUUUGUGUUCUCUCCUUCUCUUUUCCUCUGUGUGGCUUCAUUUUCAGACAUGCUCCAUUCAGAUGGUGGCAAGAUGGCUUCCAGGCAGCUCCAGGUUACAUGGUCCUUGUAGCAGACACCUACAGGGUAUUAGCAGGAUAGACACCCUUUCUUCCUCAGCAUUCAUUUCUCUCCUGCCAUAGGAGGCCAGCAGGCCUUACCUCAAUCAUCUGCCCAUCCAGGGGAACCCAGGUUCUAUUCAUCUGUCCACUCUGCCAUCCUUAGUGGGUUGGCUUUUCCCCUUCAAGCUUAUUUCCUCAUUGUCUCAAUAUGGCUACAGAAGCUCCAAACAUCACCUCCUCACCAACCACUUCCAGACACAGAAAAGAGUAUGUUUUUCUGUUGCCUCCUUUUCAUUUUAUUUCAUUCAUUUAAAAAAUAUUUGUUUAGGGCUUCCCUGGUGGUGCAGUGGUUGAGAAUCUGCCUGCCAAUGCAGGGGACACGGGUUCGAGCCCUGGUCUGGGAAGAUCCCACAUGCCGCGGAGCAACUAGGCCCGUGAGCCACAAUUACUGAGCCUGCGCGUCUGGAGCCUGUGCUCCGCAACAAGAGAGGCCACGAUAAUGAGAGGCCCGUGCACCGCAAUGAAGAGAGGCCCCCACUUGCCGCAACUAGAGAAAGCCCUCGCAGAGAAACGAAGACCCAACACAGCCAUAAAUAAAUAAAUUAAAAAAAAAAAUUUGUGUAAGCCUCAGAUUUGUAGGAGUUCUUUAUAUAUCUGGAAACGAGUAUUUAUUUUACCAGAUACUCUUCAUUUAUUAACAUUCACUUUAUCAUUUUCUUUAUUCUCCUCCUGAACAUGGAAAUGACCUUAGAACAUUUAACUCUCACUCCUUUAUUUUCAUCUCCUGCCAUAUUGUUGGCUAGUAUUUUAGUUAAUGCCUCUUUGUUGUUGUUGUAGUUGUUUUUUUCUUCCUCUGGAAACUGUGCUUUGAAAAGUCAUGACAACCCCAGUUUGGUCGAAGACCUGGUCAAAUAGAAACUCCAGUUCUGAUGUGAACAUUUCUAACAACAGUUCUAAGGCUUCAAGACUCUCAACAGGAUAUUUAAUGUUUGACACCAUGUUUUCUCAGACUCCAUCACCCUAAGUCAAAAUUUAGGGCAUUUGUUUUCCCAUAAAGAGUCUGAAAAAGAGUUCAAAAGAAACAGAAUAGUAGUUGCCUAUGGGGUAGGGAAACUGGGAGGAUGGGAAACAAGGACAGGAGUGAGAAUUUUUACUCUUUCACUUUUUUGGUUCUCCUGGGUUUGUUUUAAUGUUUUUGUUUUUAAAACCACAUGAAAGCUGUAUAGAGUAAAAAAGAAAUAAAUUUAAAAAUUCUAUUUAGGGCAAGUACCUAGGAGAGUUACAGAUACCAUCUAGGUCUAGUACUGGUCUCAGAUGUCUUUUGAGCUUCUGCUAAAACAUUGCAUUCAAUUAAUUUUUAAAAACUGAAGUAAAGUUUACCUACAGUGAAUUGGGCAGAUCUUAAUUGUAAGAUUCAAUGUCCUUGACAUAUAUAUACAUCUGUAUAACUAAUAUCCUAUCCCCAUCAUGAUGUGGAACAGUCCCAUUGCUGCAGAAAGUUCCUUCAAGCUCUUAUGCAAGUCUCCCAAUCUCCUACAGGCAACCAGCACUCUGAGUUCUAGCUCCACGCAUAAGAUUUCCCAAAGGAAUCAUAUAGUUGUUCACUUUUGUGCCUGGGUUAUUUUGCGCAGCUUCAUGUUUUAGGGUUCAUUUACAUUUACAUUUACAUGUAUCAGUACUACAUUCUUUUGUUUUUUCUCUAUGUAGUAAUAUACCCUUUUCGCUCCUAAUAGUGGUAACUUUUGCUCUCUCUACUUUUAUUUUUGUCAUGAACAGUCUUGUAUUGGUUUUAUCAAUUUUACUAGUUUUUCACAAUGAACUAUUACUUUUGUUAAUUCUUUCUAUUGUACUUUUGUUUUCUAAUUUGUUAAUUUCUUUUUUUUUUAGGUGUUUAUAUGAGUACAUGGGACCUAUAAUUUUUGUAUAAAGGGAAAAUCAUUAUUUUUUGCUCCUUUCUUCUGCCAUUACUUUUCCCCCCUCAUCUGCCAAAGCUAUUGUUAUUCCCUAAUUUAAAGAAAAAGUACAAAAUAUAUGCACCUUAUUGUACAUAAAUUUUAUCUCAUAAGAAA